AUGGUCAUAGCUGCCCUUUACAAGAAGCUGACUUUGGAGAGGUUUUGCGAGAUCAGUUAUUCCAACAAGCAGCCAUUUACCGGCCUGUCUAAAGAACAUCCUUUGCAUAUCGUACAGUAUGGAGCUGCAGGUCAAAGACUCGUCGAGACGGGAUACGCGGCACAUGAGAGAUGCAUCCGCACCCACGACGGAGUGCCAAUGCACAAUGUCGUAAAUCAGCAGAAAAUUGUGGACCAAGCCUGCUACGACAGGGAUACAGCUACGUGA